GAACACAAGGGGAACACUGUUGCUAGGAGACAGCAGAAGGCAACCUUUCUCUUGGCAAGGGGAAGACAGAUAGCCUGACCUCUCAGAGCAAGGGCAAGGCCAUGGCAGGACACAUGGGGCAGAAGAUGAUCCAGGACGAAGUUCAUCAGAAUCAGAUCUUGAGAGAACUAUUUCUGAAAGAGCUGCGAACACAGAAGCUGUACACGCAGUAUCACGUGAAUCCCCUGCGCAAGGUUCACACGAUUGCCAGGAAGCCUAUGUCUUGGCAUGAUAACUUGGAGGAGCCUGCAGAUGCCAAGUUCCUGAACCUCAUUCACCAUGCUGCACAGGGUCCAAGGAAGAAAUAUCCAGAGACACAGACUGAAUCCCAAGAAAUUGGAUGGGAUCCAAUUCCCUUGGUCAACCCAGACCGCCAGGACAACAGGCUGAACCACUUCAAAGUCUACCAUGACAUCACUCUGUACAAAGCUAAACUGUGGAGUCUGGGGGAGGAUGAUCGCCUGAAGUAGCAUUCUCUCGGUAGAGCGAGUCUGAACACAGAAUUCCCAAAGUGUGCGCCAUCGGGAGAAAUAAAGGCAGCUUCUGUUAAAAA